AUGUUUGUAGAUGUUAUUGGUCAACCAAUUGAUAUCGGAGAUAUCCAGAUUGUGCAUGUGCAAGGUAAAGAAACAAAGAAGCUUGAGUUUACUUUGACAGAUACAGAGGAUCACCAAAUAGCAUGUUGUCUUUGGGGCCAGUUUGCUGAACAUAUGCUAUAUGCAUACAAAGUUGCUCAAGUCAAUAAGAAUUUUCUCUGUUUACUGAGAUUUGCUAAAAUCAAUGUUUACAAGGGACAAGUUCAGAUUACAAAUGCUUUUGAUUCUUCCACUAUCGAAAUAAAUCCACCCGGAUUUGAUGUCCAAGACUAUCUACAAGUGUUGCCUAAGAACGAGCUUGCUCUCACAACUGGUAGUCAUGAGCUUGCAAAACAUAAAGGAAGCAAACGCCAACCUGAUAAAUGGUCUAUUUAUCCUGAGAGAUCAAUUCUGGAUAUCAUUAUGGCGACUGAUACUGAAAACUGCAUUGUUAAGGGCACAAUUUAUGCAAUUGACACAGACUGGGCUUGGUUUUAUUUUGGUUGUGUUAAGUGCCACUUCAAAAAGGUUACCGAUAUUACCAAAAGGGAUGUGGUUCCUGUGAAACAUCUAUGGUAUUGUGAUUCAUGCCAUCAGUCUGUAACCAAUGUUGCACCUCAGUUCAAACUCCAUCUACUUAUAAAGGAUGACACUGGUGAAACUAAGGUGAUGCUGCUUGAUACUAUUGCUGAACCAAUUUUGGGAGUGAGUGCUGAAGUGCUCUUAGAUGGUUCUCUAGAAGAGGUAUGUAAAAUUAUCCAUUUAAUUGUUGUAUAUUACAUACAUAUAGUCGUUUUUAAUAUAGUAGGUGUUUGUUUUUAUUUAGGUUGAAGAUCCUGAAGACUUGCCUGAUGCUAUUAACAAGCUUAUUGGAAAAACUUUCAAAUUUGGUGUCUAUGUGAGCAAAGACAAUGUUGACUAUGGAGCUGAUAUAUUUAACAUUGGGAAAACAUGGUCUGCUGAU